AUGGAGGGUAAGGCGGCCUUCCUUGUGCUCGAAGACGGCACGAGGAACGUUGAUCGCAGGUUCCUGGCGGGUGGCGAAUCUCAAUAUGCGGCUAUCAUCACUGUGUACGAGGGUCGCACGAAGGCGCCUGGUUGGAACGAGGGAGAAUUGAAGACCAAGCAUGAGACAAAGCUUCGACGCGGCAUCUAUGAUUGUGAGUCGGCCAUGACCAUUGGUGAUGAGGCAGAUCGAGCAUUCUUGUAUGUGCAGAUCGCUCAGUUGCUGGAAAAGCUGAGACUCUUGCUGAAGGAUGAGGUGUUCAGCGAUCGUGGUAUAUGUGGGGCCUGCGAGGAGCACGGCAUACACUUUGAUGGGGAUGAAUGCUGCGCAGUUGGGAUCUUCCUGCACCGUCAAGAUGUCCUGCAGGCGUUGAGCCUGUACGUUGCGAAGGAAGGGAAGUAG